AUGGCCGAAGCCAACGCCGCGCACGUGGCAGCCUACCGGAUGCCUAAGAUUCCGCCCUUUUGGCGACAGGCGCCCGACGCAUGGUUCAUACAGAUAGAAGCCUCAUUUAGAAACGCGAACAUCACCGUCGACCGUACCAAAGUCGAUUACCUCCUUACCGGCAUCGACGCGGAAACCAUAGCGCACGUAUUAGACUUAAUUACGGCGGACCCACCGCCCGAAAAUCUCUACAAGGCGCUCAAGGACCGGAUCCUCGCAAUGUUCGCGGUCUCACCGGAGGCCCGCUUACGGCAGCUUUUCAAAGGACAGGUUCAGGGGGAACGGAGGCCCUCGCAUUUAUUGAACCAUAUGAAACAGCUCAACGGCGGCCAAUGCAGCGACGCGGUUUUGAAGUCGUUAUUUAUCGAGCUUUUGCCCGAUGCCCAUAAGGCAAUUCUUGUCGCGGCAAACGAGCCGGACUUACAAAAAUUGGCGGAACUCGCCGACAAACUCGCGGACAUCAAUAGUCCCGGCACCGCACUCGCGGUUGUGACCCCGGCUUCUAAGCCGAAGAGCGCGCGGGCAAAGGCCCCGUUGAGUGUCGAUGAACGGGUCAGUAGACUCUCAAGACAGCUCCAGUCCUUGAGCACUGCGGUGGAGAAAAUUCGCCGAGACCGUACCCCCUCCCGUAAGCGUUCCUCUAAGCGUGGUGGUGCAGCAGCGAAGCCCGAUAAAACUGCGGGGUACUGCUACAUCCAUCGUAAAUACGGAAAAAAGGCCACGUCGUGCCGCAAGCCCUGCACGUGGAAGGACGACGCGGACUCGGAAAACUAA